CAUGAGUCAUUUAACAAAUGGACUGCAGAUCUUAUCAAGAGAACAUAAAGUUUCUCAUAGAGUUGCAGCUGUGAUCGGAAAAAUGAGAAGCUAAUAAAGCAUGUAAUCGUUGAAAUUGUGGGCAGUCUCAAUGCAGUCUGGACUGCAUACAAACAACAUGAAGGAUAUCAUUCACAAAGUCUUGAACAUUUUGCUCCCGGUGACAUCAAUCAUAUCGGCAGUUUUUGUAGUACCUCCAUUUCUGUUGUUCAAACUUGUGUUCUCCCUGCUGAGAAGGACUUGUUUGAUUGAAGAUGUUGCUGGUAAAGUAGUGGUUAUCACCGGAGCAUCUUCAGGCAUUGGCGAGCAUGUAGCAUACGAGUAUGCAAAAAGAGGGGCGUGUUUAGUCCUUGUUGCCAGAAGAGAAGACCGUCUCCGUAUAGUUGCUGAUAAGGCGAAGCAGCUCGGGUCUCCUGAUGUGCUUGUUGUCAAGGCUGAUGUUUCCAAUGCUGCAAAUUGCAAGAAUUUUGUUGAUCAGACUAUACUCCAUUUUCACAAAUUGGAUCACCUGGUGAACAAUGCUGGGAUUGCUCCUGUUUGCAUGUUUGAAGAUUACGAGGAUGUCUCUGAUUACAAAUCGGUCAUGGAUGUUAACUUUUGGGGCUCAGUAUACAGCACUCAAUUUGCGAUUCCACACCUAAAACAGAGCAGAGGAAAAAUUAUUGUGAUAAGUUCCAAUGCAGGAUGGUACAGUUGUCCGAGAUUAAGCAUUUACGGUGCAACAAAAGCAGCACUAAUUAGCUUCUUUGAGACACUGCGAGUCAAGGUGGGAUCAGAGAUUGGGAUAACUAUCGUAACUCCUGGUCUGGUUGAUUCGGAAAUUACAGAUACCGAGUUUAUGUCAAAGCUUAAAACGAAUUUCGUGCCAUUGGAGUCUGUGGAAGGGUGCGCCCAUGCCAUAGUGAACGGGACCAGGCGCGGAGCCAGGUUUAUGAUGGAACCUGCUUGGCUCAAGCCGUUGUUCUAUUGGAAGAUCUUCUGUCCAGAGUUGCUGGAGUGGUUUGCUCGUCUUGUUUUAGUUACAUGGCCUAGUGAGCCUGGCAAAACAAAACGCAGCUAGGAGUCUGACAUUUACUACUUCGUCAAUAAUUUGGAACAAUGUGCUUGUAUGCCUUAUCAUUCGGCUAUUUUAAAAUGAUAGCACACAUUAUCAUUUCCGAUUUAAUUAUGUUCGUCGUCGUUGUUUAACAAUCCAAGGUACGAAGUAGCAAUAAAGAGAUUUUACGGAGUACUAACAUUUACACGAGCUGAUUUUACUA